AUGGCAGUUGGCAUGUCAGCGAGCACGGUUGGCAUGCACCGGCGCUCUGUCGCGCUCUGCGUGGGCGCCGCAGGCAGAGCGCUCGAGGUGCCGGUCCUCGUCUACCCUGGCCUGGAUGCCAGGGACUGGCAGCGCGAGAGCACGUGCGGCUGGUACAACGUGGACGCCUGCAUGGCAGGCGCCAGGCCGCUGCUGCACCGGCAGGGCGCCCUGCUCGGAGGGGACGGCUUCGCCGCGCCCCCGACGCUGCUCGUGGCGUCGAGGUACGACGAGACCUGCCCGCCGGAGACGAACAGCGACCUCUACGCGAAGGCCCUGGCGGCGGCCGGAGUACCGCACAGAUACCUGCUGGACGACUACGGCAGGCACGGGUUCGCCUUGGACGGGGGCUGGACAGACGCGUGCAUAGACUGGCUGGCGAGCGCCGGCAUCGG